UUAAAUGCGCUGCCCGCGGAUCUACCGUUAACUCCGUGCAAGGUGCGGUGUGUGUGGGUGUGUGAGAGAGAGAGAGAGAGAGAGAGCUGAGACAGGAAGAAGUCAACAUGAAUAAGUUUGGUUCGUUCAAUAACAUCGCGAAGCGCGUGAAGCUGGCGCGUACCGGCGCGGCUCUCGGUGAGCAGGUGUGCAUGGUGGAGUGCGCGCCCCCGUGUCCGUGCCCCAAGUCCCCGCGGUGCGUCUGUCUAUCCUCAAGAGAAACAGACGGACUGGAAGAACUGAAGGAAAAUGGAGGUCCGUGUGAGACAGGAGUCUCCAACAAUCAUGCCUUCGAUAAUCUUGCCUAUAUGGCAGGAAGUCUGAGUGAACUUCGACCCAAUGUCGGCCCCAUUUCUCAACUAACUCUAACUCUAACUAGCAGCCCUUCCUGCCCAGACAGCACUCACUCCCUCCAGAAAUGUCUCUCUGUGCUCAGCGGUGUAGCCGAUGUGUUUAUUCCCCAGUCUGGUGGCCGAGCAUGGGUAGCCUACCAUCCAUCUACAGUCACAGCCAAAGAGAUCCUACAGGAGAUUCAGGGGAUGGGAUAUGGAGUGAGAGAUGUGACAAAUGCUCCUCAACCUGGAGAGUCAGCUCAGGAAGGGAGCUUGGUAAGGAUCAGAGUGGAAGGGAUGACCUGCCUCUCAUGCGUACGCUCCAUCGAGGACCGGAUUGGAGCACUGCAAGGGGUUAAGGGUUUGAACGUAUCUUUAAGUGACAAGGAAGCCGUUAUAUGGUAUAACCCCAAGCAAGUGAAUCCAGAAAAUCUAAGGGAACACAUACAAGACGUAGGCUUUGAUGCCUGUCUCAAUCAGACAGACUCAAGUUAUAUUUUUCCGAAGAAGGCACAAUCCGAAUGGGUGGAGGCGAGCUUUGGUGUGGAAGGGAUGCAUUGUGGGUCGUGUGUGAAAAAUAUUACAGAGAGCUUAUCUGGAAUGCCAGGUGUCCAGGGUGUGUUGGUGUCUCUGGAAAGCAGAAGUGUGGAUUUGAAAUAUGAUCCCUCUCUAGUUACCUUGGUCACAAUCAAAGCAGUAAUAGAGGAACUUCCUUUUGGGAAUUUUAGAAUAACUCCAGAAUUCCAGGAACAAAUUUCCAGGACUAAUGGGUUUGUGCACUCUCAAAUAUGUGGGUUUCAUUCCGUGGACGGCGCUUCACUCCUGAAAGUGAUGAUUAUAAUAAAAGGCAUGACAUGUAACUCUUGUGUGGAGUCCAUAGAGGAAGUAAUAUCCCAGAAAACUGGUGUGCAUGCUAUCACAGUUUAUCUAAAGGAACAGAAGGGAAUAAUUACAUUUGACCCCAGAGUGACCCGUCCUGCAGAACUCAGGGACGCCAUUGAGGACAUGGGCUUUGAGGCGUCCGUUGAACAAGAUUCUGGCCUUAAUGACGUCUUACACAGUAGACAAGCAUCAAAAAAAAGCACAUCCUCACACCUCAAGAACAUGACUCCACCAAGAACUAUGCCCCAGACCCCCAAAUCUUCAGUCAAUUCAACAAGAAUAGAGGUUCCUGAAGAAGAAAAGACACAGAAAUGUUUUGUACGGGUCACAGGGAUGACGUGCGCUUCAUGUGUGGCCAACAUCGAGAGAAAGCUACACAAGCAUACAGGUAUCAAAUCUGUCCUUGUAGCCCUGAUGGCAGGUAAAGCUGAAAUCAGAUAUGACCCAGACUACGUGGAUUCAGAGCAGAUAGUUAAACUCAUCACUGGACUGGGAUUUGGAGCUUCUCUAAUGGAUGAGGGUGCAGUAAGCAACGGCCUUCUGGACCUUUCUGUGACUGGAAUGACAUGUGCUUCUUGUGUCCAUAACAUCGAAACAAAACUCCACAGAACAAAUGGCAUUCUGGAGGCCACUGUUGCCUUGGCAACCAACAAGGCUCGCAUUAAGUUCGAUCCCGAAGUGGUCGGGGUACGUGACAUCAUCCGAGUUAUCGAGGGUCUUGGGUUUGGUGUGUCCUUGAUAAAGAAUGAUGCCCUAAGGAAAAAUGAUGGCUUGGAUCACCAGAAGGAGAUACGACUUUGGCGUCAAUCUUUCCUGUUGAAUCUGCUGUUCGGGAUCCCUGUCAUGGGUCUGAUGAUCUACAUGAUGGUGAUGGACAAGCAUCAUGGAGAACAUGGAGGAUCCAUGGCAGAAAUGCAGAACGUGCUGCCUGGACUCUCGCUCCUCAACCUGAUCUUUUUCUUGCUCUGUACCCCGGUCCAGAUCUUUGGAGGUCGAUACUUCUAUAUCCAAGCUUAUCGUUCUCUGAGGCAUGGUGUGGCCAACAUGGACGUGCUCAUCGUUCUGGCCACCACUAUUGCGUACAUUUACUCCUGUGUGGUGCUGAUUGUAGCCAUGAGCGAGGAGGCCAAGCAAAGUCCAGUCACUUUUUUCGACACACCUCCCAUGCUGUUUGUUUUCAUUGCCCUUGGACGCUGGCUGGAGCACAUUGCCAAGAGUAAGACAUCAAAGGCUCUGGCAAAACUCAUGUCUCUGCAGGCCACAGAUGCGACUAUAGUGACACUGAGCCAUGACAACUCCAUCAUCAGCGAGGAGCAUAUCUCCGUGGAGCUGGUGCAGAGAGGAGACGUGGUUAAAGUGGCACCUGGUGGGAAGUUUCCUGUCGAUGGGAAAGUGAUCGAGGGAAACUCCAUGGCUGAUGAGUCUCUGAUCACAGGAGAGCCCAUGCCAGUCAGGAAGAAGCCUGGCAGCUGUGUGAUCGCUGGCUCGAUUAAUGCUCAUGGAGCGCUGCUAGUCGAGGCCACACAUGUAGGAGGAGACACAACGCUCAGCCAGAUCGUCCGUCUGGUGGAGGAGGCACAGACGUCUAAGGCACCAAUCCAGCAAUUUGCAGACAAGCUGAGUGGAUACUUCGUCCCAUUCAUCGUGUUUGUCUCCGUGGCAACACUGGCAGCGUGGCUUAUUAUUGGGACUUUUGACUUUGACAUCGUGGCGAAGUAUUUUCCCGACUAUGAUAAGAAUAUAUCCCGGACAGACGUGGUGGUGCGUUUUGCCUUCCAAGCCUCCAUCACCGUUUUGUCUAUCGCCUGCCCCUGCUCUCUCGGUCUGGCGACCCCAACGGCGGUGAUGGUGGGCACUGGGAUCGGGGCACAGAACGGCAUUCUUAUCAAGGGCGGAGAGCCGCUGGAGAUGGCCCACAAGAUCAGAGCGGUGAUGUUUGACAAAACAGGCACCAUCACUAACGGGGUUCCUCGGGUCACCCGGGUGCUGGUUCUGUGGGAUCGAGCACGUUUGCCUCUCCGGACAGUUCUAGCCGUAGUGGGCACUGCGGAAGCCAGCAGCGAACACCCACUGGGCAUGGCAGUCGCCAAACACUGCAAAGAGGAGCUUGGCACAGAGACACUGGGCUUCUGCCAUGACUUCCAGGCAGUACCAGGGUGUGGGAUCAGCUGUAGAGUUUCCAACAUCGAGCAGCUCCUGCAGACCAGUGUAGAGACAGACGGCACACAAACACAGACACACACAAACAACCUGACCUGUCUCACCCUCCAGGGAGCCACGACGGAUGAGAGUAACUUAGUCACAGAUGGAGACGUGGGUUCAGGACCUCCCUCAUAUUCCGUCCUGAUCGGGAACAGGCAGUGGAUGGAGAGGAACGGAUUACAGGUCACAGCCGACGUGGAUGACGCUAUGAGCAGCCAUGAGACAAAAGGACAAACAGCCAUUUUAGUGGCUAUAGAUGGUGUGCUGUGUGCUAUGCUGGCUAUAGCAGACACAGUGAAAGAGGAGUCCGCUCUGGCGGUACACACACUGAGCCGGAUGGGGAUAGACGUUCUGAUGAUCACCGGAGACAACCGUCGCACUGCUAAAGCCAUCGCCACACAGGUUGGCAUCAGGAAAGUGUUUGCGGAGGUCUUGCCCUCUCACAAGGUUGCUAAAGUGCAGGAGCUGCAGGAAAAAGGGCUUAAGGUGGCCAUGGUGGGUGAUGGGGUCAACGACUCGCCCGCUCUCGCUCGCGCCGAUCUGGGCAUCGCCAUUGGCACGGGCACUGAUGUGGCCAUCGAGGCGGCAGACAUAGUUCUCAUCCGGAAUGAUCUACUGGACGUGGUGGCCAGCAUCGAGCUGUCCAAAAAGACGGUGCGGAGAAUCCGAAUCAACUUUGCGUUUGCUCUUAUUUAUAACCUGCUUGGGAUACCGAUCGCAGCCGGUGUGUUUAUGCCUGUGGGUUUGGUGCUCCAGCCGUGGAUGGGUUCAGCUGCCAUGGCUGCCUCCUCCGUCUCUGUGCUGCUCUCCUCUUUACUGCUGCGCUGCUAUAAGAAGACGUCAGUGGAUCAAUAUGAAUUGAGAGCUCACGGGCGCAUAUGCAGUCUGAAGUCGUCUCAGGUCAGCACUCAUGUGGGGUUAGACGAGAGGCGAUGCAGCCCUCGAAACCUUCACCGCAGUCACUCCAGACUCAGCCAGAUCUCUCGAUCUUCAUCUCAAACCUCCAGAACCGAACGAGCGCACAUGCAGCCUGAUCGCCAUUCGCUACUCGAGCACGAGCAGAGCGGCCGGGAAUUUACAGUGUAGGAGGCCAGAGUGUACAAAUUGUGAUGUCAUUAUAGAUCUAUGGCAUAGAUACAUAUCUGUUUAUUGUAAAACAGAAACAAAGCUCAGAUCAGUGCCUCUAUUCAGAGGUACGGAGUAAAAACGAACAUUGUGCUUAUUAUGCAGUAAUAUAUGGGUAUCAGAGAAAGAAUAUAUUUAAACCCCAUCAAUCUGGCCGUCCUGCUGGCGGGAUAAGGCCCCGGUUCUUUAAAGAGCAUCACUGCUUUGAGAAACUAAAAAUGUUAAGAUACCUAGCAAGCUACAGUUUGUCCUUUUCCUUUUAUGUAAAUAUGUCAAAAAAAACGCUGAAUUUUGUUUUGCUGCCUCUAUAUUACUCUCUCAGCCACUAAUUUUAAAGGUUUGUAUGUGUAAAAACAUGUACAGACUUGAUCACACUUGGUAAAAUGUGCUAACUCACUUACUAACUCAUUUCAAAUGAGCAAAAUACCACAUGUUCAUUUUUCAACUAAAAGUGCAAUGCACAAUUUAAUAUUACUUCAGGAAAGGGUGAUUGUGAAGUACAUGAAUAUUCCAGAUGGGCAAGUAUUCAGUAAUGUUCUUGGGUUUGCAUGCUGCAACCUCCUUCUUCAAAUCCCACCAGAGAUUUUCUAUGCGGUUCAAGUCAGGUGACUGUGAUGGCCCUGUAGAAUCUUCCAGGACUUCUUCUGCAAACAAGCCUUGGUGGAAUUUGAGGUUUGCUUGUGAUCAUUGACGCCCAAGCUUCACCCUCCUCACAGAUGGCAUGAUGUUUUCUCCUAGGAUUUCCUGAUACUUCAAUGAAUCCAUAUUGCCUUGCACAUGCUGCAGGAUUCCAGUGCCAGAGGAUGCAAAGCAGCCCCAGAGCACCACCGAGCCACCACCAUGCUUAACUGUGGACAGAGAGUUCUUUCUUCAUUCUUCUUCCUCAAGACAUACCGCUGAUCCAUUGUACCGAAAAGUUCCUGUUUUGCUUCAUCGCUCCACAGAACAGAAUCCCAAAACUUCUGCGACCUAUUUAUAUGAUUUUGAGCUGACUUUUCUUGUGCUUUUGGGUCAAUAGUGGUCUACUUCUUAGAGUUCUAGCAUGGAAACCUUCUGCGUUUAGUACACACCUUACUGUGUUCACUGAAACCUCAGUGCCUGUUGCCACCAAGUCUUGCUGCAGGUCUUUCGCAGUCACACUAGGGUUUUUCACAACCUGCCUUCUCAGAAAUCUGGUUGCAGCCAUUGAUAGCUUCCUUUUUCUGCCCCGUCCAGGUAGUGUACACUCAACAAACCCCUAGCCAGUUCAGGUAUUUCAUGUGUUCCAGCACAAGCUCAUUUAUACCCAGUCAUGUUACUGACCUAUUGCCAAUUAACCUAAUUAGUUGCAAAAUUUUCCUCUAGCUGUUUCUUUUUAGUAACACUUACUUUUCCAGCCUUUUGUUGCCCCGUCCCAACUUUUUGAGACGUGCUGCGUCCAUCAAAUUCAAAAUGACCUUAUUUUUUCCUUAAAAUGGUACAUUUACUCAGUUUAAACUUUUGAUUGUUCUAUUAUGUUGUGUAUUAUAAUGUUCUAUUGUGAAUAACAUGGGUUUAUGAGAUUUACAAACAUUGCAUUCUGUUUUUAUUUACAUUUAUUUACAUUUUACACAGCAUCCGAACUUUUUUAGAAUUGGAGUUGUAUUUUUUUUUUAUCUACUAUACUAUACAAUCCCUAUUUUAUCUACUGUCUACUCUGUAUUGGUCCAUCACCCAGGCUGUAAGUAUGGCAAUAAAGCAAUUAACGAAUGAAGGAAA